AUGCACCGCAGCUGCCAACGCAUCACAAACCUGCUUCACCUUAAACAUCGACUUCCACUGUCGCUUCCACCGCAAUCGAUCAACUUCCAACCGACCGCCCUUCAUCGAAAUCUUAUCACCACCAUGUCCGAAAUCACCCACCCCACCAUCAAAGAUGGCUGGUUCCGCGAAAUCAACAAAAUGUGGCCUGGUCAGGCCAUGACCCUCAAAGUCAACCAAGUCGUGCACCACGAGAAGUCCAAAUACCAGGAUGUCCUCAUCUUCGAAUCUUCCGACUACGGCAUGGUCCUCGUGCUCGACAAUGUAAUCCAAUGCACCGAACGCGACGAAUUCUCCUACCAGGAAAUGAUUGCCCACCUCGCACUCUUCUCGCACCCAAACCCAAAGAAAGUCCUCGUCAUUGGCGGUGGAGAUGGAGGUGUCUUGCGUGAGGUGGUAAAGCACGAGAGCGUGGAAGAGGCGAUACUAUGCGACAUCGAUGAGGCCGUGAUUCGAUUGAGCAAGAAGUACUUGCCAGGCAUGUCAGUGGGGUUCAACCACCCCAAGUGCAAGACACACGUCGGAGAUGGAUUCAAGUUUUUGGAUGACUACAAGAACGAGUUCGAUGUGAUUAUUACGGAUUCGUCGGAUCCAGAUGGGCCAGCAGAGGCCUUGUUCCAGAAGCCUUACUUCCAGCUCUUGCACGAUGCUUUGCGAGAGGGAGGGGUGAUCAGUACCCAAGCUGAGAACCCAUGGUUGCACUUGAACAUCAUUCAGCAGCUCAAGAAGGACUGCAAGUCCGUUUUCCCUGUCGCCGAGUACGGAUGGACCACGAUCCCGACCUAUCCUAGCGGCCAAAUUGGUUUCAUGGUCUGCACCAAAGACGCGAACCGCGAUGUCACCAAGCCUCUGCGCACGAUUUCCGACGAGAAGGAGGAUGAGUUGUUCAGAUACUACAGCAAGAAGGUGCACGAGGCUGCGUUUGUGCUUCCCAAGUUUGCGGAGAAGGCGCUGCGCGAGUAG